UGUGGAUCUGUAGACUAGCGCACAUGGAGUUCACCGCAAGCAUGGCCUCCACGGCGGCUGAUGGUCGCCCGUGGCCGCCGCCGCUGCCAGCUGAUCAUCAGGCUGAGGAGGCCGCGGCGGCGGAGGUGGAGAAGGAGUGCAUGUUCGUCAAGGUGGUCACGCCGAGCGACACGGGCAAGCAGAACCGGCUGGUGAUCCCGAAGCAGCACGCCGAGAAGUACUUCCCGCUGGACGCCUCCUCCAACGACAACGGCCUCCUGCUCGACUUCGAGGACAGCGCAGGGAAGCCAUGGCGCUUCCGCUACUCCUACUGGAACAGCAGCCAGAGCUACGUGAUGACUAAGGGGUGGAGCCGCUUCGUCAGGGAGACGCUCCUCGAGGCCGGCGACACCGUCUUCUUCAGCCGCGGCGUCGGGGAAGCCGCCAGAGGCAGGCUCUUCAUCGACUGGCGCCGCUGCCGCAGCCCCGACGUGGUCCUGUCGUCCCCGCACCACCGAGGCUUCACCCUCCUCUCCGUGGGGAGCGAUGGGUUCGCAUAUCCCCACCCAAACCUAGAAGGCGAUAGUGUAAAGGAGAUAGAUAAGAUUCAACUAGGACCCUCGGAGUUCCUGACCGAAGUUUCGGGAACAAUUGCUUUCUCUGCCCAAUAUUCUUCCAACGUUAUAACAUCUGUUAUGUUUACCACCACUGGUCGUCAGUAUGGACCUUUUGGAGGAGGAGUAGGAAUUCCUUUUUACAGUCCAGUGAUGAGCAAUGGUAGCAUCGUUGGCUUCUUCGCCCGUGCUGAGUGGGUGGUUGAGUCAAUUGGUCUUUAUGUGAACUCUGAGAGUAAACUUUGGGAACCAAUGAAAGGACAGGACUCGGUUACAAAAAUUGGGCCAUGGGGCAGUGAUACAGGGAGGCCUAAUGACGUGGAUGUGUUACCUCGUCGUCUGAUAAGUGUGGUAGUUCAUAAUAGUACUGUAAUCAAUUCACUUACGUUUGCAUACAUUGACUGGGAUGGGCAACAGCAGACCGCUGGUCCGUGGGGUUGGACGCCUGAGCCAUUCGACGGGAAAAUUGACACGAUUAUUCUUGGGCGGUCAGAGUUUUUGACUGCAGUUUCUGGAACACUUGGUCGUAACUCCGGAUAUUCAGAUGUUGUAACAUCACUUUACUUGUCACCAAUACUGGUGGCUAUGGACCAUACGGAAAAGGAGGGGGAACUCGUUUCAGAAGUUCGCUGCAGGGCAAUGGUAGUAUAGUUGUUCUUUGUCAAUGUUAGCGGAGACGAGAUUGACGCAAUUGGUGUCUAUUUUAGCCCAGAGAUGGAGGCAUGCAAAGAGAAGGAGGAAGGAGGCGUCGGGAUUUCACGCAGUAUGGCUUGCAGAGAAAGGGUGGAGAUGGAAUCAGCCUCAAAUGUCCUGGAGCAUAUAGUACUUGACCGAAGCGCGGAGCCGACUAAUCUGCCGUUAGCACUUUUAAAACACAUCACUGAGGAUUUCAAUGAUAAGCGACAAAUUGGCUGUGGUGGAUUCGGAAUCGUUUACAAGGGCGAUCUUCAAAACAGUAGUGUUGCUGUUAAAAGGAUUUUAAACUGCCAUACAUUCAACGAUGAAUCAUUUAAUCGUGAGACUACUUCUCUAAUCAGUGUAAAACACAAAAAUAUAGUACGGUUUCUGGGCUACUGUGCCAAUACAGAGAAUAAAGCAAUGAAACAUUCAGAAUCAGGAGAACCUUCGAAGUAUAUUUUUGCCGAGAUGAGGGAAAGAUUACUCUGUUUCGAGUAUAUCAGUAAUGGAAGCCUUGACAGAUAUCUUACUGACGAACUAAGGGGACUUGAAUGGCAUACGCGCUACCAGAUAAUUCGAGGAAUCUGUGAUGGUUUGGUUUAUCUUCACACGGAAAAGGGUAUUGUUCAUAGGGACAUGAAACCUGAGAAUAUACUGCUUGAUGAUCUUAUGAUACCAAAAAUUACAGAUUUUGGUAUAUCAAAACUCCUUGAUGGAGCAACACACGCUGUCACUAGUGACCCCACAGGAUCACGUGGAUAUUGUGCUCCGGAAUUCAUAGCUCGUGGUGAGGUGUCAAUCAGGUCAGACAUAUACAGCCUGGGCGUUAUAAUCAAAGAGCUCGUGACUGGAUGUAAGGAUGAACCUGAUAUUCAAAAUGUACUUAGAAGGUGGAGGUACAGAUGGAAUAAAUCAGCGAACUAUCCACCAUUUGGAUACCAACAGGUAAGUAAAUGCAUUGAAAUAGCGUUAAGGUGCUUGUCAGACUCCCCAAAGAAGAGGCCUAAAAUAUCAGAUAUAGUCAGUAUGCUUAAUACAAUGGAAAGUCCGAAUGAGCACAUUACCAAUCUUGGUAACUCUCCAGCUGGCCCGAUAAGCGCUUACCCAUGGGAGCUACUUGAGUUUGACUUGCUCGAGCUGAAUUUCCCGUUCGAGGUAAACAAGCAGAUACCAUGCUCACUUCAGCUAACUAACGUAACUGAUGAUUACGUUGCCUUUGAUAUUGAAAUGAUGGGCAUACUACGGUAUUGCAUUAAACCGGAGAAACGUGUUGUGCCACCACGAUCAAUGUGCAAUGUCAUGGUAACACUGCAACCACAUGAGAGGGUGCCGCAUGCUAUGGUGUGCAAGGAUGAGUUGUUCAUUCGGCAGUGUGCCGCCGUGAGUGAGGGUCUCACGGCCGAGGAUAUCAUUGAAGACAUGUUAAACAAGAAGUCGGGUAAAGAAGUCGAUAAGGUGACGUUGAAGGUUGUUAUUUUGCCCCUCGCCAUCGACUAAGGAACCCAAAGUGUUUGUUGUAUGCAGUUCUGGCAACAUGGUUUGCCGAGAUGGGUUCAACGUGCUUAGGAUGUAAUACAUGGUAUCUCCAAGGCAAUCAUCGACACCGUUUCUCGAAAGAGAAUAUAAUUGUGCACCAAACAAAAUUCAAGAUGUGCAACCUCUUUUCGGGACAAAAGGGCUUAUCAAAAGAUCCUUGGUAAAUUUGAGACCAUUCCUGCAAUUUCAUGGCUUUGGAACUCAUGUUGUCCGCUAAGACACAAGACCUUUUUCUGGUUAUUUCUAUAUAACAGG